AUUGUGAAUAGGCUUUCAGUUCAGUUCACCACUAAUCAGGUUGUGAAAAUUCAAGCAGUGCUUGUUCACGGACUUCUUUUGAGCAUUUUGCUGCAGGGUAAGCCUAAUACUAGUCUCUCUGGAGCAAAAAGGAAAGCUAUCACGCCACUAGUGGAGGUUGCCAGUAAGCCUCCGUCAUGCAGUGUUCCAAAGACAAAUGGUAAAGAGGACUGGAGUUGUGCGCUUUGCCAAGUCAGUGCGACAAGUGAGCGUGGUCUGAAUGAUCACCUCCAAGGAAAGAAGCAUAAGUCCAAGGAGGCUGCUUUAAUAUCACAGAGGAACGGGAAGAACUAUAGUAUCGGUCUUUUCCCCAAAAAAACAAAAGUUGACGACUAUCUCAACGUAAAACCGAAAGUUGAAUUCUUACCUGGUACUAAAUCAGUGGAGGGAACAUCUCUAGAGAUUUCGGAGAAAGAAGGUACAAAGGACAACGUCACACCAUCUUCGCAACACCAUGCUGAUCGCUUAGGAAAAGGUGCAAAUGCGGCUCAGGAAAAGCAAAAGACUAAGCAGACUAAGAAGAAAAAGUUCAAAUUCUGGUGUGCAACAUGCAAAGUAGGGGCUUUGUCCGAGAAAUCGAUGGAGGCACACAGGACAGGGAAGAAGCAUAUGGCUCGGCUCCAGGAACUCAAUGACCGCGGCAUUGCUACUUCAACCGCUAAGGUUGAGAGCACUCAAACUGUUAAUGAAACACCAAAAGAUGUCGAAAAAACUGAAGUGACCGAUGAUGUGGGUGCAACUGUCAAUAGAAUUAACCCCGAAGAACAAGAAGCGGUCACCACAAGUGAUAACUGAGUUAAGUCAUGUUCAGUAAUAACAACAACAAAAAAAAACCCAGUUUAAUCCCAACAGGUGGGGUCUGGGGAAAACCCAGUUUAAUCCAAUAGGUGGGGUCUGGGGAGAGUAGUCUGUACGCAGACCCUUACCCCUACGUAAUGCAGGAGUUAAGUCAUGUUCAGUAUUAUCUAAUUUAUGUUAAGAUGUAGAGGUUAGAAGAAUCGUGAGGUGAACUGCGGCAGCUUGUCAACCAACUAUGAUUUGAACUCUUAACUAAUCUUACAUUGUUAAAUAUGUGAGUAGUCUCAUUUGCCUUUGUUGGUUUA